UCAAAAGAACAAACAAAAAAGAUCCCGUCUUUCUCCUCCUCCUCGCUAGGGUUAGUAAAUUCGGAUUUGGUUCCUGGAGACCUACCGUCCUAAAAUCGCCGCCCGUACUAUCGCGAAUUGGGGAUAUAUAAUCGCAUUUCUGGUGUGUAUUGAUUUCUUCCGUAUUGGAUUAUCAUGAAACGUCCGGGCAGCCCCGCCACAUGUUCACCUGCGAAGUCGCCGAAGCUCGUUCACCACUCACCGGAUGAUGUAGAAGCAGAUGAAAAUUCUUAUAUUCUUCCUUGUAGCCCAAGAGAUGAUGGCCUCUUCUGCCUUCCUGUAUCGGGGCCUCCUCUUAUGUUUGACUUCGGCCCCGUUCCUGUUACAGCUGAAUUAGCCAGAAAACAACAAAAAUACUUAGCGGAUGCGUGGGACUUGCUAAAGCCAGCUAUCAAAAUCAUCUUAGAUGAUAAAUAUGAUAAGUCUAAAGAUAUCAACUGCCGAAAGAUUUAUAAUGCUGUUGAGCGUGCUUGCUUUGGGGAUCCUGGGAAACUGCAAUUGCAGCUUUUCGAUCUUAUCGAGCAGGAGUGUGAGCCACACGUCUCUGCUGUUAUGCAAUCUUUAGAGAGGCAAAGCAGUGAUCUCUCUGUUUUCUUACCACUCGUGUACAAGUCGUGGCUAGACUUUAAAAGGAAGAUGAUGUUUUUGUCUGACUUAGCCAUGUAUCAGAGGUGUGAUGGGAUAACACUAUGGAGCGUGUGCCAGAAGCUUUUCCAUAAGCAACUCUCCAUGUCCCCUCAACUUCAAGAUCGAGUUAUUAGCGGCAUUUUAGGACUCAUCACUGAGGAAAGAUUACGCAAGAUUCCUUACAACACGGAUGGUCUCCUUAAGAAGCUUAUGGACAUGUUCCGUGGGGUGUCAAAAGAUGUGUUUGCGAAGCCUUUUCUUGAUUCCACUUCCAAGUUUUAUGCCGAGGAAGCAGAGCAAGUCCUGCAGGAGUCCGACAUUUCCCAGUACUUGAAAUAUGUCGAGGAGAGUUUGCUUGCUGAAAAGACAAAAUGCAAGAAGCAUUAUUUCUUCGUUGCAUCUUGCUGGUCACAACUACUGGAAGAUUUAGGGAGUCGACUCCUGAAGGCUCACGCUGGUUUUCUUGAAGAGGGUUUUAAGCUAUUAAUGGAUGAGAGUCUAAUGGAUGACAUUAGAAGAAUGUAUUGUAUAUUCGCUAUGGUGGAUCUGGUGGAUGAUCUAGACUCUCUUCUUAAAUCCUACAUUUUGGCAAAAGGAAAGGGAGCGAGGCAAGAAGGUUCCUUGCGUGAGCUGCAUACUAGUAUUGAGAAGAUUUGGCGUCAAUGCUUUCAAGACGAUUAUUUAUUGGAUAAGACCAUCAGAGACUGUUUUGAGAGUAUGGGUCUGCAUGUGCCGGGUGAAUUUUCGGAUGAAGAGCAGCGGGAAUGCAUGGAGGAUUAAAGCCGACAGUCGUUUAUUUAAUGUUAGUAGAAGUUGCGGUUGUUAUUCUGGUAUUGUGUAACGUUUCUUUAUCAGCCAACGGGCUAUACAUAUGCUGUUGAUAUUUCUUCAGAAUUGACUACAUUGUGAACAAAACGAAAUGCAUUAGCAUUUUAGUAUAUCAGAAAGUGGAUUUUAUUCUACAGGAUAAUGUCUGAGUCGGAGAGGUUUCUCUUUGGUCCUUUGAACUCUAAUAUCUAUGUAUGCGUGUUCGUUGUUCUGAUC